GCAGCCCGAGCGGGGCUCCGCGGGCCUGCAGCGCCGCCGGGUCUAAUAUGCCCAGAGCCGAGGCGCGAUGAAGGAGAAGUCCAAGAAUGCGGCCAAGACCAGGAGGGAGAAGGAAAAUGGCGAGUUCUACGAGCUGGCCAAGCUGCUCCCGCUGCCGUCGGCCAUCACCUCGCAGCUGGACAAAGCGUCCAUCAUCCGACUCACCACGAGCUAUCUGAAGAUGCGCGCCGUCUUCCCCGAAGGUCUAGGAGACGCCUGGGGACAGCCCAGCCGCGCCGGACCCCUGGACAGCGUCGCCAAGGAGCUGGGAUCGCACUUGCUGCAGACUCUCGAUGGAUUUGUUUUUGUGGUAGCAUCUGAUGGCAAAAUCAUGUACAUAUCCGAAACGGCUUCUGUGCACCUGGGCUUGUCUCAGGUGGAGCUCACGGGCAACAGCAUCUACGAGUACAUCCACCCCUCCGACCACGACGAGAUGACGGCUGUGCUCACGGCCCACCAGCCUCUCCACCACCACCUGCUCCAAGAGUACGAGCUAGAGAGGUCGUUCUUCCUCCGAAUGAAGUGUGUCUUGGCGAAGAGAAACGCGGGCCUGACUUGCAGCGGAUACAAGGUCAUCCACUGCAGCGGCUACUUGAAGAUCAGACAGUACAUGCUGGACAUGACCCUGUAUGACUCCUGCUACCAGAUCGUGGGGCUGGUGGCCGUGGGCCAGUCGCUCCCACCCAGUGCCAUCACGGAGAUCAAGCUGCACACUAACAUGUUCAUGUUCAGGGCCAGCCUCGACUUGAAGCUGAUUUUUCUGGAUUCCAGGGUGACCGAGCUGACGGGCUAUGAGCCACAGGAUCUGAUCGAGAAGACGCUAUACCACCAUGUGCACAGCUGCGACGCCUUCCACCUGCGCUAUGCGCACCACCUCUUGCUGGUGAAAGGCCAGGUCACCACCAAGUACUACCGGCUGCUGUCCAAGCUGGGCGGCUGGGUGUGGGUGCAGAGCUACGCCACGGUCGUGCACAACAGCCGCUCGUCCCGGCCCCACUGCAUCGUGAGUGUCAAUUAUGUCCUCACGGAUAUCGAAUACAAGGAACUGCAGCUGUCCCUGGACCAGGUGUCCACGUCCAAGUCCCAGGACUGCUGGAGGGCCGCCUUGUCUACCUCACAGGAAACUAGGAAGUUAGCUAAGCCCAAAAGCACGAAGAUGAAGACGAAGCUAAGAACAAACCCUUACCCUUCCCAGCAAUACAGCUCGUUCCAAAUGGACAAACUGGAAUGCGGCCAGCUCGGAAACUGGAGAGCCAGUCCCCCAUCCAGCGGCCCGGCUCCCCCAGAACAGCAGCUCCAUUCAGAGAGCAGCGACCUUCUGUACGCGCCCUCCUACGGCCUGCCCUUCUCCUACCACUACGGACACUUCCCCCUGGACUCGCACGUCUUCACCAGCAAAAAGCCCAUGCUGCCGGCCAAGUUCGGGCAGCCCCCGGGCUCCCCGUGCGAGGUGGCACGCUUCUUCCUGAGCACGCUGCCAGCCAGCGGCGAGUGCCAGUGGCAUUACGCCAGCCCCCUGGUGCCCAGCAGUGCUUCUCCAGCUAAGAGCCUUUCAGAGCCCCCCCUGGCCGCUGCUCGGCACAGCCUCGUGCCAAACUACGAAGGUGGGUCGGGUUUGCUCGUGGUGGGCGGGGGAGGCCCAGGAGUGGCCAGGGGCCCGCAGCAGUGGGAGCAGCGGCCGCGGCGUGGCGCGCCCGCCGCCGCCGCCGCCUCGCGCAGGUUCGGCGAGGACAACGCGCCCCCGCCGCCGCCCCCGCCGCCGCCGAGCUUCCCGAGCUGCGGCCGCUACCGCGAGGAGUCUGCGCUGGGCCCGGCCAAGGCCGCCCGGGACGCGGCGCGCCUGGCGCUGGCCCGCGCGGCGCCCGAGUGCUGCGCGCCGCCGGCCCCGGAGCCCCCAGGCGCGCCGGCGCAGCUGCCCUUCGUGCUGCUCAACUACCACCGCGUGCUGGCCCGGCGCGGGCCGCUGGGGGGCGCCACCGCCGCCGCCGCCGCGCCCGGCCUGGGCUGCGGCCCCGGCGGCCCCGACGCGGCCGGCGCGCUGCGGUCCCGGCUCCCGAGCCCCGCGGCCGGCGCCGCCGCCCCGCCACCCGGCGCGCCGCGGCCGCACUACCUGGGCGCCUCGGUGAUCAUCACCAACGGCAGGUGA